AUGAGAGCUAAAAUCAGGACCACUGAUAUUUGGGAUGAAUUUCGGCUACUGAAACAAAAUGUUCAUGUCAAAAGUUUAAAUCCUCAAGAACUUCUGCUAAAAGAAGAAACAUUUCAUGACAACUUCCAAGAAGAAAAUUUUCAAGAAGAAAGUCAUCAAGAAAAUUUUUCAAAAAGAAAGUUAUUAAAAAAAUUUUCAAAAAGAAAUUUCUCAAAUAUCUGGCUUUAA